AUGGCAGACCAUGAACCUCCAGCCGAUAGCUCUAAAAGAGCGGCGGAACACAUUCAGCAUGUGGGGAAUCCUCAGAGCUCAAUAGCCGCGGGGAAAGCGGUCGCCCAACAGCAGCUGGUGGCUGCGUUGACGACGACGGAUAGAACCAUCCGCCGGUUGAAUACUCUCCUGUCAACAGCCAGUGGACAAGAACGAGUCCUGGCAACGACAAAUUACGUUGCAUCAAUCCUUCACCAAGUAUGCAAAUCAAAAUCAUGGAACGCCCUCCAGUCCCGACUCCUCAUCCUUGGGCGAUUUCAGCCUCGCCCUACGCUCCCGACUGACAAGGCACCUGCGGCUGCUGCGAGAUGGGCAGCUCUUUCCUCACUCGCGUCCGAGACACGCUACAACCUCCGGCUAUUUGGCUUACUGCCUCUGUGGAUUUGGGGCGCACAAACUCUCAAAAAUCCACCCGCCGACCCGAUUUUACGUGUCUUGACAAUGCUUCAGGUGGUCUCGAAUGUCAUUUACCAACUUCUGGAAAAUGUGGCCUACCUCUCCUCGAAGGGGGUUUUACCCAAACGCUUCAUUGAGAAAUAUGGUGGCAUCAACAAGUGGUAUAUCUGGAGUACCCGAGGCUGGUUCGGUCACAUUUUCUUCCAGUUCUUUGUAUUAUGGCGGCAGCAUGCUCUCCGCAAGGAACGUUUGGCGGCUCAGCGCAAAGCUGCCACCGACAUUGAGGCCAAGGCGGAGGUCGAUACACAGGCGCAAGAAUCUCUCCGGUUAGAGAUUCGUGCAUGGCGCAAGAGUCUGGUCAACAAUACAGUGUGGGCCCCACUGUGCUUACACUGGUGCUUGGAGCAGGGCAUUGGAAUCCCAGAGAGUCUGACUGGAGUGAUCAGUUUCAUGGCCGGGGCGUGGGCCCUCCAUGACGAUUGGGCUGCGACUGCAAAGGUAUAG